AUUAUUGUAUGGAUUGAUUGGGGAAAUAUAGAGCUAAUUAUACAGUACUAUUUUCGAAAAGGAGAACAUACAAAUCAAAGACGAAGAAAAAGAGGAAUAGAAAGCAACUUCAUGUUCCUCCACUCCCUUGCUUCUCCUAUUCCUUUCACCUCCCCCCUCUCCCCCCCUCUUAUAAUUUCUUGCCUUAUUUAGCAAAAGAUAAUUAAUCUGCAUCGAUCUCAACGCUAUGUCGAGUGAAAGAGGGAAGGAUAUAGCAGAAGGAUCAUCAAGGAUUAAUCCCGGCGAUCAGCAGCAACCACCAACACCUAGCCGUUAUGAGUCACAGAAGAGAAGGGACUGGAAUACUUUUGGGCAGUACUUGAAGAAUCAGAGGCCCUCAGUUCCUCUUUCACAGUGCAAUUGUAAGCAUGUGCUAGACUUCCUUCGAUAUCUGGAUCAGUUUGGCAAGACCAAGGUUCACCUACAGGGAUGUAUGUUCUAUGGACAGCCUGAGCCGUCUGCUCCUUGCACUUGCCCCCUUAGGCAAGCUUGGGGCAGCCUUGAUGCUCUUAUUGGGAGGCUUCGAGCUGCCUAUGAAGAAAAUGGAGGGUUACCUGAGACCAACCCUUUCGCCAGCAGUGCUAUUCGAGUUUAUCUCAGAGAAGUCAGGGAGAGUCAAGCCAAGGCAAGGGGGAUCCCUUAUAAGAAGAAAAAGAAGAAGCCGAAUCAAGGCAAGGGAAGUGAUGAAUCCAGCUCUACCAUUCACUUCUCUUGAUUCAUUUGCCUUCUUUGGAUCAUAUAUGGAUUACAUUAGCGAUCACAAAAGAAUCAAAUUGAAGAGGAUUGUUAAAAAUAUAAAAUCAAUUGAAGAUUCAUCAGCUCAAUUUGGGGUUAAUUUCCAGGUUUUUGUACUUGCUGCCAAUAGCUAUAAAUAUGAUCAUGGGAGUUGGUGUACAGAACUACGUACUGUCGUGGCGUGCUGCUUAUUUGAAUUCUGGUUAUUUUGUCAGUUCUUACAUUUUAUAUAUAUAUAGACCAGGAAUGUCCAUUUUAUGCUUAAACGUCCAACUCGAAAUAUUCACAUUAUAUAUCAGCACUUUACUCA